AUGCCUUCUUCUUGGACACACUUGGUGCGUUUCAUCGCUGUCGAGGAUCGUCAGGAGCAUCUCGGCCAGCUCGUUGAUACAACCCGUGAUGCUGGCCGGGAUAGCGUGGAUGGCAAGGAGAUUGCCGUGUACUUGAUUGACGGGACCAUAUUCGACGGCAGGGUGACCAAGGAGAUCUUGCAUGUCAAGCAUGAAGCAGACCUAGAGCUUCCCAAAGCACCAAUUCUCUUUACAAAGCCGAGAACGGCCCUCGCCGGCCCCUUUCCCGCCACCAUUAAUAUUCCCAAGUGCGCUCAGGAUGACACAAGUGAUUACGAGGCCGAGCUCUGUGUGGUGAUUGGCAAGACGGGAAGAAACAUCAGUGAAGAAGAGGCUCUGGACUACGUUUUGGGCUAUACUGCAUCAAAUGAUGUAUCAGCCCGUGGACUCCAAUUACUUACGAGUCAGUGGUCUUUUUCCAAGGGUCUUGAUGGAAGCUGCCCUAUCGGUCCUGUUCUCGUUGCCUCGUCUGUCAUUGAGGACCCACAGACUCUGGCUAUACAGGCCAUACACAAUGGCGAAAUAGUCCAGGAUGGACAUACUCAAGCCAUGAUCUUUAACGUUAGAAAGCAGAUUUCCUAUCUCUCUCAGGGAACUACUUUGGAGGCUGGCACGAUCUUUCUAACUGGUACGCCAGCUGGUAUUGGCUACUUCCGGCAGCCCAGGGUUGUACUUAGAGAUGGAGACGAGAUUUCGAUUAAGAUUGACAAAAUUGGGACAUUGGUAAACAAAGUUCGCUAUGAAUCUUGGUAG